GGCGUUCACACCGGCCAGGCAGUAGCCCUGGUGGGCCUUUUGAUAUGUAAAGGAUAGCUGUGUGCUAGCGAAGGCGAAAGUCGUGUAGACCUCUUAUAAACGACGCACUGUCUGGCAAUACCCUCGCUCGGAACUCGGAACUUGCCGUCCGGCUCUAGCAGUGCCUUCCCACACAUCGUCAGCCACCAACACCAUCCUGACAUCUCCUUUACCGUUGACGACUGCAAACAAGAUGCGCGUGCUCUGUCUUCACGGCUUUGGCCAGGUGCGUCUCCCAUAUACCAACCAUCGUCGCUCGAACCUGACAGCGUUGAUGACGCGACUUUGUGAUUGCCAAACAGAAUGGCGAAACCUUUCGCAAGCAGCUAGAGCCUUUGAAGGCACAUCUGCCAUCGGACUGGACGUUGAUCUGCCCAAAUGGACCUUUCGUGUCGUCGGGAAUAGGACACGUCACAUAGUGAGCUUGCGACCGACGAAUCACCUUGAUCCCAUCAGACCGCCCGUGCUGAUGCCCACUUCAUCUGCCAACAGCGGUCAAGUCAAAUCCAACAUGAAGCAAGUAGUAGGUGGCGCCGAAAGUGCGCCACCACUGUCCGGCGCUCGCAAAGACUCGAUUGAAUCCUCGACGUCACCAAAAGAGAGCGCUUCAACUACCAAGCAGCAGGCUCCACUUCCUCCGCAAGCCUUGCUUGCUUUUGCGGCCAAGCGCCUCAAGAUGGGCAUGCUGACAGAGCUCAGCACCAUGGAGCGCGCUCCUUACGCCGAGGACAACGACAAGCAUGCCGACUCUCUCCAUCAAAGCCUGGGCGAAAUUCAGCAGCUGAUCGACGCUGUGCCGCGAGAGCAAAUUGACAGUGUGGAAGCGUUGCCAAAACACGCUCAUGCCUACAGUGCGUGUCGAUGUUGGAGAAUGACAGUAGAUAGAUUGCUGACGAUUUCAUUCUGUGCGCAGCCUGGCUUGCCCAAUCGCAGGCGCACAAAGGCAAAGGCGGGGCCUGGGUUGGCACCGAUCUUGCGCUGCAAAGAAUCUCGGAGCUGAUGCACACUCACGGACCAUUUGAUGGCAUGAUUGCUUUCUCGAGCGGUGCCCCUUCGGGUAAGUGUCGUCAGCUCUGAAACUGCGCGACCGCGCGACGCUUCUGAAUCUCGUCCUCAGCACUUCAAGCCGCCAUGACGCUCGAGCAGCCUCAAUGGGGGCGCU